GGGUUGGAAGACUCUCGAUAGAAUUUAAAAUUUAAAUUCUUCAACCUUUCCUGACGAAAUUUUCGUUGGGCGCUCAAAUUUUAUUUCUCGCGCUCAGACGAUGAGAAAAACUCAAUUCAAAACGAGAGAAAUCACUGUGAGCGUCAUCCGCGGAGAAGCAAAAAGCAGGGUUUCCUCUACUACCAAAAUCAAGCAAGACACAUCACUGAUAUAGGUUUCGAUCUCUGAUCAGGAAGCUCUUCUUCCACUGCCAAGGGAUGGAUGAAUCUGACGAGCUAAAGGAUAGGAAGAACAUGCAUUGGUCACCUGCUAUGGACCGGUGUAUGAUUGAAACAUUACUUCAACAAGUUCAAGAGGGGAAGAAAUGCCCAAAUGGGUUUAAACCCACUGCAUACGCCGCGGCUGUGAAUGCAUUAAACCAACAAUUCUCUUCCCGUCUUUCACGGCAACACAUCAUCAAUCGCCUCAAAACUAUGAAGAACACCCACAGAAAAGUGUUAGAGUUGAUUGGUCGAAGUGGAAUUGGAUGGAAUGAUCAAACCAAAAUGUUAGAUGUUAGUGAAGAGCAUUGGAAAGAAUUUAUACUGAAAAAUCCAGACAUGGACAAGAAGCUUAACAAGAAGAGGUUUGAGUUGUUUGACAAGAUGUGUGAGGUAUUUGGAGGAGAUCAUGCAACUGGAGAGUGGGCAAGAUCGCGGAAACGCUCAAGGGGUAGUUCUGAGGAGAGAGUACCUAUGGACAAUCUAAGGGGUAGUUCUGAGGAGAGAGUACCUGUGGACAGUCUAAGGGGUAGUUCUGAGGAGAGAGUACCUGUGGACAAUCUAACAGGUAGUUCUGAGGAGAGAGUACCUGUGGACAGCCUAAGGGGUAGUUUUGAGGAGAGAGUCCCUGUGGACAAUCUAAGGGGUAGUUCUGAGGAGAGAGUACCUGUGGACAGUCUAAGGGGUUGUUCUGAGGAGAGAGUACCUCUGGACAAUCUAAGGGGUAGUUCUGAGGAGAGAGUACCUGUGGACAGUCUAAGGGGUAGUUCUGAGGAGAGAAUACCUGUGGACAAUCUAAGGGGUAGUUCUGAGGAGAGAGUACCUGUGGACAAUCUCAAUUCACCUUCGGACACUGAGGAAGACACUCAAGGGAUUGGGAGAGGGUCAAAACUUGCAUUGAGUUCCAUGACAACUUCUCAACCAAAAAAUGUGGGAGUGAGUUCAAGAGCAGCAUCAUCUGAUCAACAAACAAAUGAGAAGAAAAGGAAGAGGGUUGGACGUGUAUAUGCUAAAGAAAUUAAAAAUUUGGGGAAAAAUGUUGGACGGAUGGCUCAAGCAUUCGAGCGUGCUGCACUUUCAUUUGAGCGCACUGCUGCUUCAGUGGAGCGCACUGCUAAUUCAGUUGUGGAUCCAUCAGUUGUAUUAGCUUCUGUUCAGGAGGUGGAGGGUUUAUCUGAGGAAGAAAUAAUUGUGGCAUAUGACUGUCUCUGUGAAAACGAGAGGAAGGCUAAGGCAUUUCUUGCUCUACCUCCUAGGAUGAGAUUGGGAUAUCUGAAGCGUUAUGUAGAAAAUAUUUAAAUAGAUGGAUAAAUAUUAUGGUUGGAAAAUAGACCUUUUGAUAUAUGGACAAAUACCAUGGUUGGAAAAUGUACUUUUUGGUGUCAAGCUGGGUUAGGACUUCCUGAUAAUGAUGUUUGGUACUUGAUUGAGAUAAUUGCUGAGACAAACAGUAUUGGCUACAAGCAAUUUGUAAGUAUCAUUUUUUUCUUCUAUUAUGUCAUUAGUGUUAAUUAAAUGCUAUAGCCUAAAUGUUUACUA